CUACGUGAUGCGUACGGGCGAAGAUUUCAUCGUAAUGGAAGUGGUAUUGCCGUCCAUGGGUGGAGGUCAAGGAACAGCCAGCUUGGCGCGUCCGUCUCUGCCGUCGCGUCGUGCCACCCGUGUUGACGUUUGAUCCAUAUCAGCAAUCAUGAGGAGCCGUUUUACACCAAACCUGAGAACGGCUUUGUCAACGUCACAAUGGGGAUUCCUGGCUUAUGGGACAUACUGGGAGACGGUGAACUCACGUCCCUCGCCGAGUUGUCCACACGACACUACGAGCAGCAUGGCCGACCGCUUCGAGUUGCGGUCGAUGAAGCUGGUUGGCGUUUCAAGAACCUGACACCGCAGCAAGUAGCCUUUAUCAAACAAAAGGAGCCUCGUGCAAACCCUGUCGAGAAAGCUUUGCUAUUCCGUAUCUUGAAGCUUCGACGGCUCAAUAUACAGCCCAUCUUCGUAUUCGACGGGCCCGGACGUCCACAUAAAAGAGGCGGGGCUUCAGGGCACAUUGAGUGGGACAAAGUGGCACUCGUAUAUGAGCUUCUCAAUAACCUCGGCGUACCACAUCAUCGUGCACCCGGUGAGGCUGAGGCAGAAUGUGCAAGGCUUCAAGAACUUGGUAUAGUUGAUGCCGUGUGGUCAGAAGACGGCGAUAGCUUCAUGUUCGGCUGCACGCUGUUGCUUCGCGAUUUUCGAGAAGAUAAUAAGAAGAGUGACACUCACGUUAGGGUUCAUCGUGCGGAGGAACUGAAGACUAGAUACGGCAUCGAUCGGGAAGGCCUAGUUUUGUUUGCGCUAGCUAACGGCUGCGAUUACACGAAAGGAGUUCACGGCUGUGGAACACAAAAAGCUUUGAAGCUGAUCCGAGAGGAUGACGGAAGGAUUGGAAGAUCUCUUUGUCAGCGAGCCGAAAAUACUGCCCAGGUUUGGAAAGAAAGUUAUUGCGAGGUGCUGACGCGCCAUUUGGGUCCUCUGCCUCCGGACUUUCCUGACAAACGAGCUUUGAGGUAUUGUAAAAGCCCAACAAUAUCGAUGGACGAAGAGCUUUGGAAUCUGAGAGGGCUACAGCAAGGCUGGGACAGGCAGAUAAAUCAGACUACUCUACGAGGUUUCCUGAGAUAUCGCUUCAACUUUACAACGAAAACAUUUCUGAAACAUAUCACGCCCCAUCUACUCGUUCGCCAGCUUCUUGCGCAGACGCAAAAGCCUCAAGGUUCUGGGCCAAGAAAUCCCCAGAACAUUCAGUUGGUCCAUCAGAGAGUGCGCAAAGCGAGUGAAAACGAGCACCGAUAUGAAAGGAAGAUCAAGUUCGACCCCCAGGCUCUCGUCACCUUCGACCUUUCGGAACAGCCGCCUGAAGAAGACUGGUCUAAGUUCGUCACCAAAUCAGAGCCUUAUUUUAGCCCGAUUGCUAUGGUGGAAACCGAAAUUUUAGAAUGCACAUUGCGAGCGUCCUUACCACCAGAGACCUUCGAACCCCAUGUAUCUACCCAAAAGUCCCAAAAGAGGAAAAGCAACGUCACAUGCACUCCGGAGUCGACGUCAAACGUGGAACCAGAGGCCAAGCCAAAGAAGCGAAAGACUACUGCAAAGAGACCCCAAGCUCUUACCGAGACUGACAGAAAUAGCGACAAGGGAGCCCCCUUGUGGGUCAACAAGCCCCAAAGUAAAUCCAAGAAAGCGACUGUUCCUUCUUAUUCACAUACACAUCUUCACCCGCACCAGAUAUCCUCUGCUUAUCCAAAGCCCGAUGCAGCCUACUUGAGCAAGUCGACAGUCACUAUCGAUCUUGGAGAGAAUUCAGAUGACGACGAAUUGCCUAAUUUAUCGCAAAUCAUGCAUCUUUCAACAGACAGGAUAAGUCAUGGCUCUGCUGAAAGAUUGCCUAAUCCCAAAACUGCCAUUGAUCGCGCAGCCUCGACACUUCGACAAAACAACAAUACAACCUCUAAUUUUGAAUUAAUAGAUCUUACCUAAAGAUGUUUUUACGCACACGCGCACUUCAUAUUGCAUCAGGAUACCACGCACAACUAGCUAGAUGGAUGUACGCGCGCCAUUUCGUAUUCUACC